ACUGCAGACAGUACAGGAGAUGGACCAGAGACUGCGGACAUAGUACAGGGAAUGACCAGAGACUGCAGACAGUACAGGAGAUGACCAGAGACUGCAGACAGUACAGGAGAUGACCAGGGACUGCAGACAGUACAGGAGAUGACCAGAGACUGCAGACAGUACAGGAGAUGACCAGAGACUGCGGACAUAGUACAGGGAAUGAUCAGAGACUGCAGACAGUACAGGAGAUGACCAGAGACUGCAGACAGUACAGGAGAUGCCCAGAGACUGCAGACAGUACAGGAGAUGCCCAGAGACUGCAGACAACAGUACAGGGGAUGACCAGAGACUGCGGA